AUGGACCGUUCGGAUAUUCCACUGAUUUUAAAUCAUCUCAAUCUAAGUGAAGAUUGUGUUGCUAAUAUCUAUCAUCAUGGCUCAUGGGUUUAUGGUACGAAUAAACCUGACUCUGAUCACGAUAUAUUCAUUAUUACUCGCUCAUGUUUUCAAAAUUCAUUACAAUUCUGGAAUGAUUUCGAUUAUUUUCAUGAACAUGAAGUUCAUAAACUGUUGAAUAAAUAUGAUGUUUGUAUUUAUUCAGUGGAAAAUUUUGAAAUACUUUUAGGAAAUAGUUAUUUUAUGGCUGUGCAAUGUGUAUUUUUACCAGAUGAAUAUAAAAUCAAAGAAGACAUCGAUUUUCGAUCAAUUUACUUGGAAAAAUAUUACGACAGAGUAGGAUUAAAACGAGCUGCAUUCUAUGAAAUGUACAGAGAUAUAAAGCUAUAUAAUCCAAAUACCGAUUUAAAUGAUCCAUUACACGAUGCAAUAUUAAGUCAACAGCGUCAAUCGCGCAGAAAUUUCGUAUUAAAAAAUUUAUUUCAUGGUAUUCGAUACUUAGAUUUUGCUGAACAAUUAAUUCAAACAAAAUCGAUACAUGAUUACAAACGUGUAUCAUAUAUGUUCGCACAGAUGAGAGAAAUACUUGGUGAUCCAGGGGAUCAACUAAGCAUGAAACGUGUUUAUGAGUUUGCUUGUAGGAAAAGUGAUGAAUUCAAAUCGAGACUAGAUACAAUUAUGCCAACAAAUAAUAUUAAAGGUACUUUCGAAUCAUAUAUUACAUUUGAUUGUGCCCAUAAUACUGAACAAAUUAUUGAAAAACUUAAACAAACAUGCGAAAAUACAAAUUAUACUCUCUUAUUGAGUCAAUCAGAUACGAAUCAAGAAAAGGAUAAAGUUCAGCAAUUGAUGGCGUCAUCGUUUCAUUGUGGUGAAUAUCCAUCCAUUAUUCUACAAAUCGAAGACGAAGUACACAAAUAUUUCCAAGAUUUUGAUAUCAUACGCAUUAAAAUAAGAUCUUCAACAUCAAGCGAAGGCUUACCUGAAACUGAUAUGGAUAAGAAAUUAUUUUGGAAUAAAAUGAAAAAUUAUUUUGAAUUUAAUUAUUAUGUAUCAUUAGAAAAAGAUCUUAAAGGCGAACGCUUGAAAAAAUUUAUAAAUCAAUGUGGAUCUAAUCAUAAACUCAAUUUGCAAUUAUCACGCAAUCUAAUCAAACAAAUCAACGAAGCGAAUUUGCACUAUACGAUUAUAGUGCAAUUAUUUAAUGCUGGCCGAAGGCACGCAUUGGAAAUAAAUGAUGCAAUUGUAGAAUAUUCUACAAAAAAUAAUUUUCAAUCGCAAGAAAUUACACUUGGAUUUGUUAUAUACGACUCAUUUUCUAAAAUCAAUUAA